GUGCAGUUGGUUCAACAGCAGUGAACAUGCAGAGUGCCGGAUAACAUUUUCAGGAUACUUUCCAAACAUUUGGGAAUUUUAUGAUGCUGACAUAGCCGGUGAGCCAUGAUGAAUGAAAGGGGGAUUCAGGGUUUUGCCCCUGACCAGUUAUCAGGGAGCCGGCACACCUUUGGCACCACACGCCACCCGUUCCUCACUGACCUCUGUCCGUCUAAGCGGGUCUGUUUCUACAAGAGCGGAGACCCUCAGUUCAGCGGUCUGCGCAUGGUCAUCAACAACCGCACAUUUAAAUCCUUCGAUGCCCUCCUGGACAGUCUGUCGAAGAAGGUCCCCCUUCCAUUUGGGGUGAGGAACAUCACCACCCCUCGAGGUGUCCAUCCAGUCCACACUUUGGAUGAGCUUGAGGAUGGGAAGUCCUAUAUCUGCUCUGACAGCAGGAAGGUGAAACCUAUCAAUCUGGCCUUGGCCAGAAGGAAGAUGCCACCGUGGUACCAUGCCAGGCCUGUUACUGCCCGUCGCCAAGCCGUGCAGCUGGCCAGGCUUCACGCUGGCCGAGCCACCAACAAGCACGAGCCUGUGGUUGUGCGCACACCAAAGAAGCUGACAGUUUUUCGCAAUGGUGACCCUGCUGUAAAAUACACUGUGAUACUGCAGAAGAGGACGACCCCCACCUUUGAGUCACUGCUGGAGUAUAUGACAGAGCUGAUGCAGUUCCAUGUGGUGAAGUUAUACACCCCUGAUGGAAGACGUGUUGACGGCCUCCCAGCCUUGAUAUUGUGCUCUGGGGCUGUAGUGGCUGCAGGAAGGGAACCUUUCAAGUAUGCAAGUUAUAAUACACAGAAAUCACCUUCUUCAACACGGCUGUCCAGCCGUCGAAUGGGUCCGAGAAGACUAAAGGCAAUACACCGUAAGUCUAUUCAAGAAUACAUUGUGAAUCGGAUACAAAACUCCAUCACUGGAAGUUUAUGCGACUUCCCCAGUAACCCGACAGACUCUAUGGAACUGGAACCAGGCCGCACGCUGGAGUCUGUAGCACAAACGGAGGGGGACACCUGCCUUGGUUAUGGAACUGAAGGGCACGAGGGCUUUCUGCCCACUGAUGAUGACAUCGAGAAGUCUUUUCGGGUGAACCAAGAUGGCAGCAUGACAGUGGAGAUGAGGGUGCGACUCACAAUUAAAGAGGAGGAAACUGUCCAUUGGACAACCACCCUGAGCAGGACCAGUGUAGCCAAUCAGUUUAAUACAACCCAUUUACCUGACCCUGAACCUCAGCUUGAGCAGAACAGCUCUCUUAAUUCCAGCCCAGUGGAUUCACAAAACCCCGCAUCCUCCACAGACAGCAUGCACUGGAAAAAACCUAAAGAUGACGAUGAUGACGACAAUGAUCCACCGUCACUGGAUAAUGGAGUUGCCAGUGAGAAUGGUGAUGAGGAGGAUAAUGUCAAAGUCCAGGUGGAUAUGGCGUCCCCAAGGAGGGCUCCCACCCCAGGACCCAGGCAAGUUAGAAAGAAGCAAGCAUCUGUGGAGAGUAUAACGUCAGUGACAGCAGAGGAGAUUCAGGAAGGUGUGGUUGGCUCCUACAUGUACAGAGAAGAGACUGAGAGCGGAGCCAUGACCGAACAGUAUUGCAUGGUGAAGCAGAGUAGCACGAGACCGGUGCCCAAACCCAGAAGGAUGGACUCUCUCACUAGAAAUUUAACCACAUUCACAUCAACAGAGGUGGCUGACAUCCUACAAUUUGAAGAGAGUGGGGAGGAGGCCGGCUACCUCAGAUACAGCGCGGUAUUCCUUCAAUAA